AUGGUGUUGCAACUGCAUGUGUGGGGGCCAGCCUUUACUCUGCCCUCAAUUGAGGCGCAAUGCCUUGCAGCUAUUGCCUACUGCUCGGUAGCUCUGCCUAAAGGCUCCUGGGAGCUUGUGGCGACUAGCGAUCCCUCGGUGUCUCCUACUGGUGAGCUGCCCGCCCUGCAAGAUGGGUCAACGUGGGUGAGCCGCUUCCGCAACAUCGUGGACUAUUUGCGCCAAUACUCGAACGGAGAAUGGGAUCUGGACCGCCGACUUGACGAAACAGCUCGUGCGGACAGUAUCGCCUUCUCCUCCUUCGUCGAAUCCCGCGGUCAAAUCCUCAUCGAUCUCUCCCUGUACGUGAGCAGCCAGAACUACUACGGCAACACAUCACCCGCCUACGGCAACCUUCUUCAAUGGCCAAACCAAUGGAUCCUACCGCCAAAGCUCCACGGCGCUGCCAAAACCCGCACCGAGCACCUAGGUCUGUCGUCGCUGGACCUACAGGCGAUGGAAGAGCAGCGCCAACGUGAACACUCGGCCGCGGUUGCAGCCGGCCGAGUGCCGAAGAAUCUCAUUGCACGCCCACGCGACACGGUAUCGAAACUGCUCGGCCGGACGGCACAGCAUAAUCAUUUCCGCCUGGAGGCCCUGACGGGCGAGUUCUUCGAGCCACUGGAGGCCAUGCUAGGUCAGAAGGCGUAUUUCUUGGCCGCGAAGGAGGAUGAUACACCUUCCAGUCUGGACUGCAUUGCGCUAGGAUAUCUUUCGUUGGCGCUGGUGCCCGAACUCACCUUCCCAUGGCUGCGAGACGCUAUGCGGAACAAGAGUCCGCGACUUGCGGCGUAUACGGAGCACGUGCGACGACGAUGCUUUGGCCAGGCACCCGUAGAGGUUGCGCAUGCCUUUUCACCAGAGUCUGCGCCCUCAUCGCCGCUGCCAUGGCGGACUCCUAGCCGUAUCUCCGUUGCGGCUGUGGGCAGCACCCUACUUGAUUCACUAGCUGAAUCUACGCCACUCCUCCGCAGACUUCGCAGGUAUAACGGACUGAAGGCAGGUGCCCAGUCCCCGGAUGCAGAUCUCUCAGGACUCGAACGGAACGUUGUUUCCCAGGCUGCCGACGCCGGUAAAAAUGACCUAUACGCGUCCGUCGCGGCUGUCGUGGGCGGUGUUGCUCUGCUGGUUGGCUACAUGUUCCACAUUGGCAUGAUUUCCACAGUGGCAGCUGGUCAAAAAGAGUAUGAGGAGGAGCAAGAAGAAGAGGAAGACGAGGAAGAGGGCAUCGUCGAUGCAGGCACUGCGGCGGACUUCCUGAAUAUGGGCGGUCUUGGCGAUUUGGGUAUCCCCGGUUCAUCAUAACGGGAUCAAAAUACACCCUCACACGGUGACAUUCUCAUCCAUUGACCGCAGUUGUGGACUCGGACACUUGUUCUACUAUUUCCAGCGAAAAGUCGAGAGAACCAACAAUGUACUGUACAAUAGA